GCGCCGCUGUAGCGCGGGUAUAUGCCUGCAGCUGCAGGGCCGGAGUCACUGUAUGAAGGAAGUAGCCAUCAUCACGAGUCGAUCACGUCAACGUCACACCAGCAAACAAAGUGGUCAAUAUGCUAUGAAAGUAGCUAGGUUCGAAAUCGAGUCAACUGAUCCUGAGCUUACUAAUACUACUAGGCCUAUGUACAGGUAUCGGAUAUGUUACAGAUACUGCCAACAUCACACUUCCAGUAAGACAGACAGGCCUCCACCCGAAUGAUUAUAAGCACCUUUAUUCCUUGCAUGAAAGAUUCUUGAAGGAAUAUGCAACGUGUCUUCAACAUCAUGUUGGCUGCACUCUUCAUUCUCCUGUCUCUGUCAACCAUAAUUAUCAGCGCUGCUGAAGUCACAUGCAUCAAAGACAACUACUGCCGCUGCACCCUGAGCGAUAACUCUUACUACUUUGAUCUGGAGCCGAUGUUGAAAGGCGUGGCACCACCAUUUUUUAAGCUGAAUGGCGCAAACGUCACCUAUUUUUACGAUCCUUGUCGGUCUUUCUCCAUGACGGGUACCCUGAGUGAAUGUACCAAUGCUGCAUUGUGUAGCGAGAAAUUGGACGACAUCUAUCAAAAUCUUGGGAUUCAUGAUACAUCAGAGUUUCGGUACACACCCGACGGCGCUUCGGUGAAGUUGAAGCUCCUCUACCACAAUGGUAUGAGUGGUGCAGAUCAAAUCAAUGCUACCGUCUGGCUGACAUGUAGAACUGGAGGCAUAUCAUCUUUGGAGCUUAAAUCAAGUACUCCCACUUACUACUUAUUUGAGUUGUUUUCACCGUUCGCAUGCCAGAAAGCUGUGCCUAUACCUCCCUCCCAGCUUACUGCUGGGGGUGUUUUGUGCAUCAUGUUUGUCGUCUUGGUAACUGUCUACUUUGGAGGUGGAUUCAUCUAUCUGUUUUGCUUUAAGUAUGAGAGUGGAUUGAAAGCAGUACCUCAUCACGAGUUUUGGUCUUCUUUACCUGGACUCACCAAGGAUGGUUUUCUCUUCUUGAUCUCCUGUGGAGGCUCAAAGAGGAUGCAGCAAUCUGGACCUGAAUAUGAUCAGAUCUAGAGCCAUUUGGAUCCUAUUUUGACCUCAAUGUACCAAAGUCCAGGAACCAUGUUGUAGGCCUCUUCCAAUGUCUUCCUCUGAGCUCUUCACUUUCUCCUGCAUUGUGUGGGCUCCAACAGAAUGCAGACACUGGACCUUAAUUAGAUCAAAUCUAGAACUUAACUUAACCUGAAUCUGUCUAAGCCCAGGAACUAGGCUAUAGACCUAUUCAAAAAUGUCUUCCUAUCCAUACUUCUGUAAUUGAAGAGGUUUCAACAGAGUGCAGAGUCUUGAUAUAACCAGCUGGACCUGAACCUGUCCAAGCCCAGGAAUCAAACUCUUGUCCUUUUCAAAAAUGUCUUCCAUUUCAUAUUCUCCUGUAUUUACGGAGCCGCCAACAGAAUGCAGACAUCUGAGCCUGAAUAUAUUCAUAUUUAACACCUAUCUAGACAUAAAUCUAGACCCCAUCUGGACUUAAUUGAGACCAGGAAUCAACCUUGUGGACCUAAAUCUGCCCAAGUCCAGUAAGGAGUCUGUAGACCUCUUCAGAUUAUGUAGGUUAUGAUAUUAACUAACUGAAAUAUUUCUGUGAAAGGUAAAAAGUCUUUAGGUUGAUGUUAGUAGUAAACAUUUUUUGACCAAUAUGACGUGAAAUAAUAUUUCAGUCUAUAAACUGUGCACAGGUAUUGUAAAGGCUUUUGCACACUUCAUGACUCUGCUGCAACAUGAUUUUGGAAGAAAAUUCACUUAAGAGGAGAAGCAGUGUACAUAGAGAUUGUAGGGUGAUGAAAGCUUCUCAGUCGCAAAAAAAGAAGGAAAAAGAGAAAUGCCUGAUUGGUCGUGAAUAACCAGUCACACGCCUUCCCAACAAAAUGUUACCAUAUUUCGGACUUCUGCCAGGAAGAAAUUACAUUCCUGAAAUAAUGAAUGUAUAAUAUUUUGAAUAGUUUCCGAACCCACGCCCCCCCCCUAAUAGGUUAUGACUUAUCACUGGGGGGGGGGGGGCACAUUCUAUGGACAGGUCACUUGUGUGAUCUUUCUAUGCAGGUGGUCAUUUUUUAAUGUGGGUUUCACUGUAUAUGAUGAUGAUCACCACAUUUUUGUAGAAAAAAAUCUCUUUGACAUCUAUUGUGAUACUGUCUUUUGAUGUUGGUGGUGCGUGAGGGGAAUUGAUUUCCUAUGAACGAGGUACUUAUUACUAGCUUAUUACAGGCAUAUUUCAUGCUUAUUUCUAUGCAUAUACAGUCAAUUGCCGUAUUGCCAUGUAGGAAAGUUCUGUUGAGCUACACAUUUAUAUCCAAUUUAUUAUCAGUUUUCCCAAGUAUCCAUGAGAAAAAAUAUUAUCAAUAUAUGAUUCUGUUUUCCUGUGCUUCCAUAAAAUAUAUCUUUCUAGAAUGACUGCAUAAAACAAUGUUUCUACUUAAAUAAUCUGUAACCAGGAAUUUUUUAGAUUUUGACUUGACAUUCCAAUAUAUGCAGUCCCGGUCCUGGUACCGGUAAUCAUUUUUAUUGUAUAUUCUGAUUUCACUAUCAAGUAUCAAACUUAUAUAGAUGUACAUUUUGCCAGCUCUGUCAGUUUUUCUACCUUUACCUUUGGAUAAAGUCUUCCUGUUUUAACCCCAGUAAGUCAUUUAAACUUAGUUGUAGUUGAUUGGAACAUGUUUGCAUGAUUGGUGACAAAACAGAUAUAUUUUUACAUAUAUGGCAUACAUACUCUAUAUUAUUAUGACUAUUUACAGUUUAAUUUGUGAUAAACAUGUUGUGUACAGUGGCCAACAAAUGAACUGGUUACUUGGAGUCCUAAGGAAGCUCUUAAUACUCCACUAUAUCAUUUUAUUUAGUUUGUGAUAUGUGCUUGUGAAAUGGAAUCUCAGCAUUAUUUCACCAAGCCUUUUCUAUGUUACAAUCUGCCAUGUUUAGAGUUAUUUAUUGCAUUUCUUAUGAGAGUUUAAUAGAGAGAUGGGUUUUUUUCUUCAGAAGGCAAUUUUAUUGAUUCGUUUACCGGUAUGUAAAAUGUGAUGUGAUAAAUGCAUAUUAUCUACUGCUUGUCUUCCAUUGACUUCAUGUUAUUUUCUUUUAUUUUCCAUUCAAACAAUUGAAUGAAAUUGAAAUAUAGAAAUUAUAAUAAAGCAUAUAUGGUUAUAUUUGUAUCAAUACGUAAUGAAUCGUGAUAUGUAGUCCUUCAUUUUAGAUACAUGUAUAAUGCAAGUACAUGUACAAUAGAAUACAGAAGUGUGAUGUCAUACUGGCCAAGUUGUCAAGGUUACUGGUUCCAAACAGUUUUGUGCUAAACAAUGGUGUUGUGAUCACACCAGCCACAAACACUGAUUUUGUCCUGCUCCAACCCAUUGCUUGAAUGAUUUUUUGUUAAACCUCAUGCACAGGCUCUAUUGUUUAGAACCAGUAACCUGAACAACGAGGGAAUAUGAUGUUGUUACUUUGUUAAUCUUUAUGUGUUACUCAGGAUUUUUUUGUAUGGAAAGACAUUCAUUUGCAUUUUAUCUUCUAGUACAUUCUGUAUGCUGUACCACAUAGUUUUGCUGUUUUUCUACACCAGCGUUAGCUCGCUUCGCUCUCACGCAUUAUUUAGAAACGAGAUGAUUUCAGGCACCAAAGUGCCUGAAUACCUCCAUAAAUUCUGAUAUUUAACGGCAGGGGACCUGCAUACAUUAUUUCAUAUCUUAUAUAGUGUCUUGAUUACAACAUAAUAUUUUAAUAUUUUUAAGAUGUAAUUUUGGGGAUCACUUGCAAAAAUUAGAAAAAAAUGUCUGUAGAUAUGAACAUAGCACUUGAGUUUCAGUGUGAUGCAAAGUAAUAUUCUAUGAUGAAUUUGGGAUUGGGGUGAUGCAAACCUUGUAGUUUUUGAAAGGGUGCCUUGAAUGAAAAAAGAUUGAAAAAAAGGUUGCUCUACACCGUAAAAACAAUGAAUUGUUGUCGCAAUACAUUAUGUCAGGUGCUUUGUUUACGGUUUCAGAUUUGUGCCAUGGUCAGAAUAGCAUGUUUAUGGGGCACAGUUUGUGUACUAUAUGCAAUAUUUGAUUUUAACCCCUCCCCAAAUUUGCCACUGAUAUGUGUGUACCGGUACAUAUAUAUAACCCUACAUGUUGUAUUAACAGGACCCUAAACAGUUUAAUAAAAACUGGUAUAUUACCCUAACCCUAACCCUGAAUUCAAAACAAACUAAUUACCGGUAAAGUAAUGACUAAUGAUUAAACCUAUUGUUUCUGCAUGGGAGGCCUGUAAGUUUUCACUGCCUGCAAACGUACGUAGAGGGCAGUAAUUAUAUUGUUCAAUCGUUCACAGGACACUGUCCUGCUAAUGACCAUGUCUACUUAAUGGCUCAUUUUUUUCACAAGAUACGUCGGUCUAAUAACGCUGUAAGAUGUAUGUAUGUAUAAGGUGUAUGUAUGUAUAGUAUUGGACACAUGCCAUUUUUCUACUUUAUAUCUUGAAUUUUUCAACACCUUUCUACACAUUAUGAACUUUGCAGUUCAUUAUUUCUAUUGCUAAAAGAUAAAAAAAUUGUCUUUGUUAAAGUAUAUUUCCUUCUUGUUUUAGAGAAGGUAGAGAUUAUGAAUAUAUAGAUUAUGUUUAUUUGUACUACAAAGAAUAUUGAGAAUAAAUAUUCUAUGCAGUUUAUUCUGCCGAGUUUUGAAACUGA